AUGAAGAGGUGAGGACAAUACAAGCAAGUUACAAUUCAUAGGCAACAAAGCCUAACAAAUAUCGGACAGAAAUUCACCAUACAAGAGCGUAUUCCAACGCUUCUUAUUAGAAUUUCGAAUGAAGCUGUGCAGCUCAUUCCAUCAUCCAGCAACUACACAUGAAAAGAAAUCUGAACUGGGAUUUAAUGUCACGAAGAGGUGGCAUCACCAGACGCCGAUCACCAGCAGACCUGAGUGGGCGAGAAGGAGCAUAGCACCUCAGAAUUGUCUCCGUAGAUUUACAAGUGCUGACAUUCUAACUAAUAUGUAGGUAAGCAUCAAGGAUCUGAACUUUAUAGUCCCGCUACAGGCAGCCAGUGUAGUGAUUUUAUCGACCCGAUGCUUUUUAAAUUUUUUUUUAUAAUAAAAUACGCUAUAAACCACCAUCAUGAACGUUAUUAAGCAAUAAUCUUUCGACAAUAACAGUAAAGUAGUAAUACUGAAGUAUGUGAAUAAAGUAUCGCCCCGUUGCUGUCACAAAUUAAAAGACUGCAUCGCGACACCCUAUAGGUGAGUUUAGAAAGCCAUGACUUGAUUGGCUCAACCACGUGUCAAUCAACGUCGGGGCGUAACUGGGCGAACGCGUCCACGCAAGGGACGUAGCGUCCUUGAUUGUGAAUUACUUACGCGGGCUUCUUUCUCACAAGUGCAUCUAAGCUGCAAGAGAAAUGCUUUAUUUCGUGUACGUUUAACUUGCGGGCAGGAACGGUGUGAAUAUUCGUUCGUGUAGAGCGCAAGAUGACUAUGGAGCUUUCCUAUCAGACUAUUAAAACAGCCAACCAGGCGAGAGAAGCGGAUGAAAUGAAAGCUGAAGCUAGAAGAAAGAAUCUUUUAAUUCUGGUUCUUCAUUACUUGUCUGAGGAAGGAUAUUUAGAUGCCGCAAAUGCAUUAGAACAAGAGACAAAUCUAGACCUACGUCGGUAUGAAGUGUGUGACAACAUUGAUUUGGAGACCGUCCUAAUGGAAUAUGAGAGCUACUAUUACGUAAAGUUCCAGAAAUACCCAAAGCUCACAAAAAAGUGUGCAGAGACAGGAGGAAAUAAACACCCAAGGAGUGGAGGGAAAUGUAAAAGGACACCCAGUUCUUCAGCCCACAACCUUCCUAGAAUUAGUCAGUCCAGUACUGCACAGCGACCUUCCUCUAAAGCACUGGGAAAAAAAACAGAACCAAAAGCAAUGGCGAAAGACAGUUCAAAGAUAGACAAUGGUCUCUCAAAACCUCCUGAAACUGGAGAUUUCGGUUUAAAUGUGUCUUCUAUCAACAGAAAUGGAGGGGGGAAUGGCACACAUAUGAAAAAGGGACAGAUCAUUGACUUUCGCCAACUGAUUCAAGAUGCAAUCAAAGGAGCUUCCAAUGAAAUAUCCAUAAAUAGCCUGAAUUAUAACCAGGAUCCCUCUGAACGCCUUGUUAAACCACUAAGUGCCUUUAUUGGAAUGAACAGUGAAAUGAGAGAGCUGGCAGCAGUAAUAAGCAGGGAUAUAUAUUUGCACAAUCCUAAUGUGAGAUGGGAUGAUAUUAUUGGACUUGAUGCAGCCAAGCGACUGGUCAAAGAAGCUGUAGUAUACCCCAUAAAGUAUCCCCAGCUAUUUACAGGGAUUCUUUCCCCAUGGAAAGGCCUUUUGCUCUAUGGACCCCCAGGCACUGGGAAAACACUUCUUGCCAAGGCUGUUGCCACUGAAUGCAAUACGACAUUUUUCAACAUCUCGGCAUCCAGCAUUGUCAGCAAAUGGAGAGGGGACUCAGAAAAGCUGGUUCGAGUUCUGUUUGAGCUGGCAAGGUAUCAUGCACCUUCUACAAUCUUUUUGGAUGAGUUGGAGUCCGUAAUGAGCCAGAGGGGUACCGGUCCAGGAGGGGAGCAUGAAGGAAGCCUCCGAAUGAAAACAGAGCUGCUCAUACAGAUGGAUGGACUGGCACGUUCCGAUGAUCUCGUCUUUGUCUUAGCUGCUUCCAAUCUGCCAUGGGAACUGGAUCAUGCAAUGCUCCGGAGACUGGAAAAAAGGAUCUUGGUGAACCUCCCUAGCAAAGAAGCAAGAGAAGCUAUGAUCAAACACUGGCUGCCACCAGUAAGCAACUCUGGGGGUGUGGAGCUGCACACGGACCUGCGAUAUUCUCUGCUCAGUCAGGAGACUGAAGGCUAUUCAGGGUCUGAUAUUAGGUUGGUCUGUAAAGAAGCUGCAAUGAGACCAGUCCGAAAAAUCUUUGAUGCUCUAGAAAGUGAUCAGGGAGGCAAAACACUGCCAGGUAUCAAACUCGACACGGUGACGACCCGCGAUUUCCAGGAUGUGAUUGUGCAUACAAAACCGUCUGCUAAAAGCUUAACUGACAAGUACACCGCGUGGCAGGAGGAAUAUGAAUCUGUUUAGCCUUCUGUUCACGCAAUAUGAACUUCUGGAGGAAAGGACACGUCACAUUCACCUCCGAGAAGAACCGGAAACUGUACCUGUCUGGCUGCACUUUACUUUCCAAAUACGGACUGAUUUUCUGGCCAGUUUUUCAUUUUAGAUAACCAAUUAUGUUCUAGACAAGUUCAGAAGGAUCACAGCUUUUAGAAAGUUUUCGUGUCCCAAGCACAGACAAGUCAUGCCUGCUGCCCACUACUUAUACCCAUGUGCGAGAGUAAAUCAAAAACUUCCAAAUGACGCGGUAGCCACAAUAGAUAGACAUUGACGCAUUACAACACGUUCACGAUGGAAGCGGUUCACGAGCUGUAGGGCCCACCCAAACAAAAUUAACACAGAAUCACGGAUAAUUAUCGACAUAACCUUAUACUGUACAUUAAAGGAAGGUUAAACGUAAUGCUGUAUUUUUUGUGUGAGUAUUGAAAUGUGUAACCUUGCUGUCAUUCCGAAGCAACUUGUUAAUUAUAAGGAGGCUGUUAGGCCCGAGAAUGGUGGGACGUGGUGUAACAUGGGACUGUUACACUUGACAAUGGUGGGACGUGGUUUAACAUGGGGCUGUUACGCUCGAGAAUGGUGGGUCGUGGAGUAAAAUGGGACUGUUACACUUGACAAUGGUGAGAUGUGGUGUAAGAUGGGGCGGUUAUGCUCCAGAAUGGUGGGACAUGGUGUAACAUGGGACUGUUACAAUUGACAAUGGUGGGACGUGGUGUAACAUGGGGCUGUUACGCUCGAGAAUGGUGGGUCGUGGAGUAAAAUGGGACUGUUACACUUGACAAUGAUGGGAUGUGGUGUAAGAUGGGGCUGUUAUGCUCCAGAAUGGUGGGACAUGGAGUAAAUUGGGCCUGCUACACUUGACAAUGGUGGGAUGUGGUGUAAAAUGGGGCUGUUACGCUCAAGAAUGGUGGGACGUUGUGUAACAUGGGACUGUUACACUCGACAAUGGUGGGACGUGGUGUAACAUGGGGCUGUUAUGCUCGAGAAUGGUGGAAAGUGGAGUAACAUGGGCCUAUUACACUUGACAAUGGUGGGAUGUGGUGUAAGAUGGGGCUGUUAUGCUCAAGAAUGGUGGGACAUGGAGUAAAAUGGGCCUGUUACACUUGACAAUGGUGGGAUGUGGUGUAACACGGUGGGCAGAAGUGUGCAGAGAGUGGCCGUACCCUCGCUUCAGUCUUUGCACAAACGGUUGUUACUGUGUUCUGUCUAACAGUAUGUGGUGCGUUGUUUCUAAACCAAAGAUAAAACUGAUUUUGUGCUACACCAUGAGGGUGACACAUGCUUUUAUUUCCUAACAGCAAACUGUAUUUUUUUUUAAAAGAAAUUACAUUUGUGCUUAUCACAAAAUUGAAAUGUUUGCCUCAAAGGGAAGAUCUACUAUGAAACAAAUGAAUCUCAAAACUUAAGG